CAGCCGGGGCCGCCCCGGGAGAAAGUCCCGGACUGCGCUGCCUCCUCCUCCUGCUCCUCUUGCUCCUGCUCCUUCGCUGCCCCCCGCCGCUGCGCUCGGGCUCGGGGAGCCGGACCAGACCCGGACCGUCGGGGUUCGAGCCCGCACUGAAGCGCGGCUCGCCUCCCCGCCCUGGCCCCCGGCCCCCGGCCCCAGCCUCGGGGGAGCCAUGGCCGGCGCCCGGCCCGGGGUCCACGCGCUGCAGCUGGAGCCUCCGGCCGUGCCCGAGACCUUGCGACGGGGCAGCAAGUUCAUCAAGUGGGACGAGGAGGCGUCCAGUCAGAACCUGGUCACGCUGCGGGUGGACUCGCACGGCUUCUUCGUCUACUGGACGGGACCCAACAUGGAAGUGGACACUCUGGACAUCAGCUCCAUCCGGGACACACGGACAGGCCGCUACGCCCGGCUGCCCAAGGAUCCCAAGAUCCGGGAAGUCCUGGGCUUUGGAGGCCCCGAAACGAGGCCGGAGGACAAGCUGGUGACCAUCGUGUCCGGCCCCGACCCUGUGAACACGACCUUUCUCAACUUCAUGGCUGUGCAGGACGAUACGGCCAAGAUCUGGGCAGAUGAACUCUUCAAACUGGCCAUGAACAUCCUGGCCCAGAACGCGUCCCGGAACACCUUCCUUCGAAAAGCGUAUACCAAGUUAAAACUUCAGGUGAAUCAGGAUGGGCGAAUCCCAGUGAAGAACAUCCUUAAAAUGUUCUCUGCGGACAAGAAGCGGGUGGAGACGGCGCUGGAGUCCUGCGGCCUCAAUUUUAACAGGAGCGAGUCGAUCCGGCCAGACGAGUUUUCCCUGGAGAUCUUUGAGAGAUUCCUCAAUAAACUGUGUCUGCGGCCUGACAUAGACAAGAUCCUGCUGGAGAUUGGGGCCAAGGGGAAGCCCUACCUGACCCUGGAGCAGCUCCUGGACUUUGUCAACCAGAAGCAGCGCGACCCCCGGCUGAACGAGGUCCUGUACCCGCCGCUGCGCCCGGCCCAGGCCCGCCUGCUCAUCGAGAAGUACGAGCCCAACCAGCAGUUCUUGGAGCGAGACCAGAUGUCCAUGGAAGGCUUCAGCCGCUACCUGGGCGGGGAGGAGAACAGCGUCCUGCCGCCCGAAGCCCUGGACCUGAGCAACGACAUGACGCAGCCCCUGAGCUCCUAUUUCAUCAACUCCUCCCACAACACCUACCUCACAGCGGGGCAGCUGGCAGGGGCCUCGUCGGUGGAGAUGUACCGGCAGACCCUGCUCUGGGGUUGCCGCUGCGUGGAGUUGGAUGUGUGGAAAGGCCGGCCGCCCGAGGAGGAGCCCUUCAUCACCCACGGCUUCACCAUGACCACGGAAGUGCCUCUGCGGGACGUGCUGGAGGCGAUCGCGGAAACGGCCUUCAAGACGUCCCCCUUCCCCGUCAUCCUCUCCUUCGAGAACCACGUGGACUCGGCGAAACAGCAGGCCAAGAUGGCGGAGUACUGCCGCACCAUCUUUGGGGACGCGCUGCUCAUCGACCCGCUGGAUAAGUACCCGCUGGCCCCAGGAGUCCCCCUGCCCAGCCCUCAGGACCUGAUGGGCCGAAUCCUCGUGAAGAAUAAGAAGCGGCACCGGCCGCCCCUGAGCCCGUCAGACGGCUCGGUGCGCAAGCGGCCCUUGGAGCAGAGUAACUCGGCCUUGAGCGAGAGUUCCGUGGCCACGGAGCCCCCCUCCCCGCAGCUCGGCUCCCCCAGCUCCGAGGGCUGUUCCACUCUGAGCAACGGAGAAGAUCACGUGGGCUGCAACCCCGAACCCCGCAAGUCCAUCGACCGAGAGGCAGAGAGUGAAGAAGAGGAGGAGGAAGAACCGGCCGACCCCAAGAAGAACAGCACAGACGAGGGCACGGCCAGCAGUGAGGUGAACGCCACGGAGGAGAUGUCCACUCUGGUCAAUUACAUCGAGCCGGUCAAGUUCAAGUCCUUUGAGGUGGCCCGGAAGCGGAACAAGUGCUUUGAGAUGUCAUCCUUUGUGGAGACCAAGGCCCUGGAGCAGCUCACCAAGAGCCCCAUGGAAUUUGUGGAAUACAACAAGCAGCAGCUCAGCCGCAUCUACCCCAAGGGCACCCGGGUCGACUCCUCCAACUACAUGCCUCAGCUCUUCUGGAACGCAGGCUGCCAGCUCGUUGCCCUCAACUUCCAGACGCUGGACCUCCCAAUGCAGCUGAAUGCCGGCGUGUUUGAGUACAACGGGCGCAGUGGCUACCUGCUCAAGCCAGAGUUCAUGCGGCGCCCGGACAAGUCUUUUGACCCUUUCACGGAAGGCAUCGUGGACGGCAUCGUGGCCAAUGCCCUCCGGGUCAAGGUGAUCUCGGGCCAGUUUCUAUCAGACAGGAAGGUCAGCAUCUAUGUAGAGGUGGAUGUCUUCGGCCUUCCUGCGGACACACGUCGCAAAUACCGCACUCGGCCCUCACAGGGCAACUCCUUUAACCCGGUGUGGGAUGAGGAGCCCUUUGACUUCCCCAAGGUGGUGCUGCCCACCUUGGCCUCCCUCCGCAUUGCGGCCUUUGAGGAAGGGGGCAAGUUUGUGGGACACCGAAUCCUGCCAGUGUCCGCCAUUCGCUCAGGGUACCAUUACAUCUGCCUGAGGAAUGAGGCCAAUCAGCCCCUGUGUCUGCCUGCCCUGCUCAUCUACACAGAAGCUUCUGACUACAUCCCUGAUGAUCACCAGGACUAUGCCGAGGCUUUGUUCAACCCCAUCAAACAUGUCAGCCUCAUGGACCAGAGAUCAAAGCAAUUGGCAGCUCUGAUUGGUGAGAGUGAGGCUGCUCCCGAGACCCCAGAGGAGAGGCCUUCUCGCCAGCUAGGGCCCCAGCUGUCCACGGGCUCCGUCCAGAGCCCCCAGGAACCUGGAGCCUCCCGCACCCAUGGCCCUUCCACCUCCCCCACCAGCCCUUCCAUAAGCAGACCAGGUCAGUGCGAUGAGCUCAUCGCCAGCCUCCUGGGAGAGGUAUCUGUGACCCCCUUGGCGGAGCUCCGGGUUCACAAGGCCCUGCUGAAGCUCCGGAACCGGCAGGAGCGAGACCUGCGGGAGCUGCAGAAGAAGCAGCAGCGCAAGGCGGCGGCCUUCCUACGGCGCCUCCACAGCCACCUGGCCCAGUACCGGGCCGACAUGGAGAAGAGGCGCAAGCAGCAGUCCCAGGCCGGGGUGCUGGAGGAGGAAGAGGGGGAAGAGAUGCGGAGCUAUCGGGAGCUGCAGAAGAAACAGCUUCAGAGUCUGCUGGACCUGAGGGAGGCCCAGGCCGACGCGGAAGCCGAACGUCGCCAGGAACACCUGAGACAGGCCCAGCAUCGCCUUCGCGAGAUUGUCCUUGAAACGCACACGACUCAGCUGAAAAAACUGAAGGAGACGAGUGAAAAGGAGAAGAAGGAGCUGCAGAAGAUUCUGGACCGGAAGAGACAUAAUAGCAUUUCUGAAGCCAAGAUCCGGGAGAAGCACAAGAAGGAGGCGGAGCUGACUGAGAUUAACCGGCGUCACAUCACGGAGUCGGUCAACGCCAUCCGGAGGCUGGAGGAGGCCCAGAAGCAGCGCCAGGAGCGGCUGGUGGCCGGCCAGCUGCAAGUCCAGCAGCAGCUAGAAGAGGAAGAGCCCAAGGUGGCCUCCCGGCUGGCCCAGGAGUGCCAGGCCCAGCGGGCACGGCUGCCACAAGAGAUCCGACAGAGCCUGUGGGGUGAGCUGCCGGUGGAGCAGGCGGCGGAGGAGGAGGAGGAGGAGGACCUUGCUGCAGGCGAUGGUCCCAGCCUGGGCACUGUCAGCGGGCACACGCUGGGCAGAGCCAGCAAUGGGCACGCCCUGGGGGGCAGAGCCAGUAAUGGGCAUGCCCAGGGGAGUGGCAGUGGUGUAGACUGUGAGAGGCAAGAAGAGAACACCCAGCUGUGACCCCAGGGUGGGCAGGGGCCAGAGCAGAAAGGGAAGACACUAAACUCUUGUUUUUAAAACUUUUUAUUUUUUUUAAAUUUUUUAUUUUUUUAAAUUUAAGGGGGCAAGAAGCCCCCAUUAACCCUCCCUAGUGGUAUGUGUACGUAUGCGUGCGUGCGUGUGUGUACGUGUGCGUGUGCGUGUGUGUGUGUGUGUGUGUGUGUGUGUGUGUGUGUGUGUACCUACAGGUUCCCCUUUAGUCCCUGGGCCCCUCCCUAGAGCUGAUAACAAGGGUGAGCCUCCCCUGCCCAGGGCCAAGGAUCAGCAGGGGUGGGUGGACAAAGAAGGGAUUUAAACUGGGGCCCCCCCUCACAAUUUAGAUCCUGGGGGUGGGGUGGAAGCCAGGUUCUUGAGGUGUUUGUGUUUGGGGGGCCAGGAGGAUGGGGCUGGGCUGGGGGCACCUCCCCCUCCCCAGCUUUGGGGAUCAGAAGCAUCCUGUUCUCUUACCUUCUUCUUGUUUUUGUUUUUAUGUCAAUAAAGUGGCUUCCAGGGCCUAGACCACC